UAGCAAUGCUUAUGUUACACUUGUUAAUUUUAUUCUGUUUCCCUACAGGUUUAAAUGUUUACUUGGCUACUUGGCUACUGGUUGGAGAACACAAAAUGAAUAACUCAACAAACUCCUCUAACGAUGGACUGGCUCUGACCAGCCCUUAUAAGACCUUUGAAGUAGUCUUUAUUGUCCUUGUGGCUGGAUCCCUUAGCUUGGUGACCAUCAUUGGGAACAUCCUGGUCAUGGUCUCCAUUAAAGUCAACCGCCACCUCCAGACUGUCAACAAUUACUUCUUGUUCAGCUUGGCCUGUGCUGACCUCAUCAUAGGUGUUUUCUCCAUGAACUUGUAUACUCUCUACACUGUGAUUGGCUACUGGCCUUUGGGGCCUGUGGUGUGUGACCUCUGGCUAGCCCUGGACUAUGUAGUCAGCAAUGCCUCAGUUAUGAAUCUGCUCAUCAUCAGCUUUGACAGGUACUUCUGCGUCACCAAGCCUCUGACCUACCCCGUCAAGCGGACCACGAAAAUGGCAGGGAUGAUGAUCGCUGCUGCCUGGGUCCUCUCCUUCAUCCUCUGGGCCCCAGCCAUUCUCUUCUGGCAGUUUGUCGUAGGAGUGAGAACUGUGAAGGAUGGUGAAUGCUACAUCCAGUUUUUUUCCAACGCUGCUGUCACCUUUGGCACAGCCAUCGCAGCCUUCUAUUUGCCAGUGAUCAUCAUGACUGUGCUAUACUGGCACAUAUCCCGAGCCAGCAAGAGCAGGAUAAAGAAGGACAAGAAGGAGCCUGUGGCCAACCAAGAUCCAGUUUCUCCAAGUCUGGUGCAAGGGAGGAUAGUGAAGCCGAACAACAACAACAUGCCCAGCAGUGACGAUGGCCUGGAGCACAACAAAAUCCAGAAUGGUAAGGCCCCCAGAGAUGCUGUGACUGAAAACUGUGUCCAAGGGGAGGAAAAAGAGAGCUCCAAUGACUCCACCUCGGUCAGUGCCAUCGCCUCUAACAUGAGAGAUGAUGAAAUAACCCAGGACGAAAACACAGUCUCGACUUCCCUGGGCCAUUCCAAAGACGAGAACUCUAAGCAAACAUGCAUCAAAAUUGGCACCAAGAUCCAAAAAGGGGAUGUAUGUACCCCAUCUAAUGCCACUGUGGAGCUAAUUGCUUCUGCAGGUCAGAAUGGAGACGAAAAGCAGAACAUCGUAGCCCGCAAGAUUGUGAAGAUGACUAAGCAGCCUGCCAAAAAGAAGCCUCCUCCUUCCCGGGAAAAGAAAGUGACGAGGACAAUCUUGGCCAUUCUGCUGGCUUUCAUCAUCACUUGGGCCCCAUAUAAUGUCAUGGUGCUCAUCAACACCUUCUGUGCACCCUGCAUCCCCAACACGGUGUGGACAAUUGGUUACUGGCUCUGUUACAUCAAUAGCACUAUCAACCCCGCCUGCUAUGCACUUUGUAAUGCCACCUUCAAGAAGACCUUUAAACACCUUCUCAUGUGUCAUUACAAAAACAUAGGUGCCACAAGGUAAACCGUAUUUGAGGUGGCCAAGGGGAGCUUGUGAAGAAUAAAAGGGAUGUAACACUUUAUAGUGUUAUGAUGGAACGUGCAAUUAAGGAGCCCAACAGUGACAUAUUAUCAUGCCUAUGCUCCAGUUGGAGAAACGUGCUCCUUAUGAACCUUAUCAUUUUAGGAGCAAGGAGACAGUGAAAGAGACACAUUGCAAUUGUAGAUCUAAGGGACAAUCUCUGCUUUCUCCUACUCUCUUGAAGAAGGGCUUCCGAAUCUAUAAUUUUAUCAGUCUCUGCACAGAGGAAUAACUUUUUUUUUUCCAU